CAUUCCCAAGAAGCUGAGGAGGUUGCCAUCUUUGGCGAAAUCAGUAGAAUCAUAUUCUCUGUGUCCGUCUCCCUCUCCUCUGUAAGCAAAAGUUUGAAGAAGAAGAAGAAUGCCGGGCGUUCGAGGGCCGUCGGAUUACUCGCUGGAGCCACCUCGACAUCCCAGCCUCCAAAUCAAUUCCAAGGAACCUUUCAAUGCGGAGCCGCCGCGUUCCGCUCUGGCUUCGUCGUACGUCACUCCCGUCGACUUCUUCUACAAGCGAAAUCACGGUCCUAUUCCCCUCAUCGACGACAUCCACAGUUACUCAGUUUCCUUCACCGGAUUAAUAGAAAAUCCCAAACAGUUCUUUAUGAAAGAUAUCAGGGCGCUUCCCAAGUAUCUUGUGACUGCCACGUUACAGUGUGCAGGUAAUAGAAGGACAGCUAUGAGCAAAACCCGGACCGUCAAGGGAGUAGGUUGGGAUGUUUCUGCUAUAGGAAAUGCUGUCUGGGGCGGUGCAAAACUAGCUGAUGUUCUUGAACUCGUCGGAAUACCCAAGUUGACAGGUGCCACAAGAUCAGGUGGAAAACAUGUCGAAUUUGUAAGCGUUGAUAAGUGUAAGGAGGAAAACGGAGGCCCCUACAAGGCUUCAAUCCCUCUAAUUCAAGCCACAAACCCAGAAGCAGAUGUUUUACUUGCUUAUGAGAUGAAUGGAGAGACUCUUAACAGGGAUCAUGGCUAUCCAUUGCGUGUGGUUGUCCCUGGUGUCAUUGGUGCCCGAUCGGUUAAAUGGCUUGACUCUAUUAAUGUGAUUGCUGAGGAGUGUCAGGGUUUCUUUAUGCAAAAAGAUUACAAAAUGUUUCCUCCCUCGGUGAACUGGGAUAACAUUGAUUGGUCUACCAGAAGACCACAAAUGGAUUUUCCUGUCCAGUGUGCAAUAUGUUCUCUAGAGGAUGUGAAUGCGAUAAAGCCUGGAAAGGUAAAAAUUACUGGGUAUGCGGCAUCAGGAGGUGGCCGUGGCAUUGAGAGAGUAGAUGUGUCUGUUGAUGGUGGCAAAACCUGGAUAGAAGCUUCGCGAUAUCAGAGAACGGGCAUCCCAUACAUUUCAGAGCACACAAGCAGUGAUAAAUGGGCAUGGGUGCUUUUCGAGGCCAUGGCUGAUGUCCAACAGAACACUGAGAUUGUUGCAAAAGCAGUGGAUUCAGCUGCGAAUGUCCAACCAGAAAAAGUGGAAGAAAUUUGGAACUUGAGAGGGAUACUGAACACUUCAUGGCAUCGGGUACAGGUUCGAGUUGGUCACUCAAGUUUAUAAACCAGGUUCAAGAAACUGAAGAAAGUAACUGACUGAAUCUGGUUUUACCACGGUCAGGGAUUUCAACGUGUGAAGUAAUAAAAUGUAUGCAGACUUUACGGGGUUUUCCUCGAACACUUAGUUGUUGUUCGUCUCUGAGUUUCGGCCAUGCGUUGUCAUGGAUCGAUCCUCAAAUCUGGUUCGACUAAUCUGUUGAAUCCAGGGACAUCAGACAGAAAUACGAAUCGUAAACUUACUUUGUUUUGAAGAUAAUGCUUGAUUAAUCAAAGCAAUAUGGUCCAAUAUCUUAGUGGAUAGUGUUGCUUUUCACUCA